AAACCCGACCUAAAUAGACAGUGUACUGGCGCUUCGAUAGGGAGUAAUUCAAGUGCGUAUUUCCAUCAACUCUAUCACAAGCGUUCAUCAAAAUGAUGAACCCCAAGGUUUUCUUCGACAUCACUAUUGAUGGAGCUAACGCUGGGAGAAUUAUAAUGGAGCUGCGAGCGGAUGCGGUCCCAAAGACUGCAGAAAACUUCCGUGCUCUCUGCACUGGGGAGAAAGGCUUCGGUUACAAGGGCUCCACAUUUCACCGCCUCAUCCCAAAGUUCAUGUGCCAGGGGGGAGACUUCACUAACCACGAUGGAACUGGAGGCAAAUCCAUCUACGGGGAGAAGUUUGGUGACGAGAACUUCCAGUUGAAGCAUCAGGGCAUGGGCACACUGUCCAUGGCGAAUGCUGGGCCGAACACCAACGGGUCCCAGUUCUUCAUCUGCACGGACAAAACUGACUGGCUGAACGGGAAGCACGUGGUGUUUGGAAGUGUUGUGGAGGGCGUCGAUGUUGUCAAGGCAAUGGAGAAGCAAGGCACAAAGAGCGGCACUCCUAAGGUCAAGGUUGCCAUUGCCGACUGCGGUCAAUUCAAUUAGUGCGUCAAGGCUCAUUAUGUUUUCCUUUUAUCAUCCACAUCCCAGUUAAUAUUUGAGAUGGUGAAUAUCAGAGAAAAACACUGAAUUAAUUCCCUUUCUCCACUAAAAAUGUUUCUCUCCCGUGUUGUCUUGUUUAAUAUUUUGUACCUGCUUAUCUGUUUAAGGAACACAUUUGUUAAAGUCUGGAUAAAAUGAUUCUAAUGGUGAAAAAUAAAAAGAUAUGUAAGGCUAA